UUUUGUUCUCAGUAAGGGGGAAUCCCAAGUAGCUUAGUGUAUUCAAAAUGGCGACGGAUGAGUGGAAGCACUGUGCUGACUGGCUAGUUCGAUGUAACAUUUUACCCGAAGAACACAGAGCAACACAAGCUAAUGCCAGUGCAUUUGACUUAGCUCAGGCUUUGCGAGAUGGAGUACUUAUAUGUCAUUUGUUGAACAACCUGUCUCCAGGCUCGGUGGACUUGAAAGACUUCAGCCAGAGACCUCAGUUAUCACAGUUCCUCUGCUUGAAGAAUAUUAGAACUUUUCUACAGACAUGCCAAACACAUUUUGGUUUAAGUCCAAGUGAUUUAUUUGACCCAUUGGAUUUGUUUGAGGUCAAAGAUUUCAGAAAGGUUUUAAAUACACUGUCAAAGUUAUCAAAGACACCGAUUGCCAGAAGAAAAUGCAGUGGCUUUCCUCCCGAGCAGACCACACCCCACAGACCCUCCCGCAGGUACACCGACGAGGACGAGGAUAUCUAUGGGAAUCUGCCCGACCUGGCUCUACGUCAUGACCUUGAUGAUAAUGAAGAAAUCUACGAUCACGUGUAUCAGGAAGAUGAUGAUGAAAUUUAUGAAGAUCUAUGUAGACGGAGACAUAGAAGGGAGUCUAGUGUCUCUGAACUACCACCUCCUGUCACAAAACGGGACUUCUGUAUAAAAGAACUCCACGAUACAGAGAAAAACUAUGUAGAGGCAUUGCGAAUGAUUCAAACUCAUUUCAUUAAACCUUUAAGAGACAUUAUCCCUCCUGCUGACAGAGAUGUUAUUUUUGCACACAUAGAAAAACUAUUGGAAAUUCAUAAGAAAUUUCAGCUGGAAUUACAGGAAGCUUGUGUGAUGGGAAAUAAAAAAAUUGGUGAAGUGUUUGUGAAAUAUAAGAAGAGCUUGCUUUUGUAUGGUAACUAUUGCUCAGACAUGCCUAAGGCCCAGGAAAAACUGGAGGAUGUGUUAAAAAGGAGUGAAAACAUCAGAACACAAAUAGAGGCAUGUGAAAAGAAAGCGAAUGAAGGUAAAUUUAAACUGAGAGAUUUGCUCCAUGUGCCAAUGCAGAGAGUAUUGAAGUACCAUUUAUUAUUAAGGGAGUUAAUAAAGCAAUCAGGGAAAACUGCGGAAGAUAAAGAUUCACUUCAGGAGGGCCUGGAGGCCAUGAUGGAUUUAUCAUUGUAUGUUAAUGAAGUAAAGAGAGACAAUGAGACCUUACAGCUAAUCAGUGAAAUACAGGCCAGCAUUGGAGACCUUCAAAUGUACCUACCAAAAACUCCUGCCAACACUACAUUAAAAGAUUAUGGCAGACUUCAGAAGGAUGGAGAAUUAAAAGUAAAAAACCACACAGAUAAUAGAGUCAGAAUUAGGUACAUAUUCCUCUUUGACAAAGUCAUGCUGAUGUGCAAGGCAAGGAUGGUGGAUCGUUUAUUUUCGGGGGAAUCUUACAGUUUUAAAGAGGCCAUCAUUCUGGCAGUGUAUAAAGUCCAUGAUCAGCAGCCUGCCAACAGGGAAACCCAGCGACGCGGGGAAAAGUGGACCAGUUCUUUUAUAAUGGCUAAGAAAGAUGGCUCAAAUGCAUUUACAUUCUUUGCCAAAACAGAGGACACAAGGGCUAAAUGGAUCGAUGCAAUAAAACUGGCAUUAGAGAAUGCUUCCCCUCCACAAGGGAUAAAUUAUGUGAUGCACACGUUUGAUAAGCCUACGGAAUGUAGUGUGUGUCAUAAACUUCUGAGAGGUGUGUUUUUCCAGGGUUACAAGUGUACAGACCCAGGAAGUGAUAUUGCUGUGCAUAAGGAAUGUAUUGGCAAACCUCCAAAUACAGGCAGUAGAGUGCCACCCAUUCCAGCUCGAGUGAUAGAAACAUUUAGAACUUUGGAUGUGGUUCAUGAACGCCGUAGAUCGCUAUCGAUCAGGGAAAGUAGUUCAAUAUCACGCUUUGAGAGUAGACGAACCACUAGUAUUAUUUGUGAACGGAGGUCACCCACUCAUGUUCAGCAUAGGCAGGUUCGAGCUCUAUGUAAUUACAAUGGCACUCCCAGCCCCGGGGCAGGCCGCCCAGCCUUGAGCUUUCAGAAAGACGAUGUGAUAAAGCUACUAAACAAUGACGCUCAGUGGUGGAAAGGACUGCUGAAUGGAGAUGAGGGCUGGUUCCCUUCACAACUUGUGCAAGAGGAAAAUAAUCCAAGGAUCCGCAGAAAACCCUCGUAUUUGGAUGUGAAAAUGAAGAAUGGAACGCCCAGUAUUGUAUCCCCUCCCCGCCCCCACUCCCCCGCUAACAAUGUUCCCUAUGUUAAUGUGGAUAGCGAUGGAAUGUCCAGUCAGCUCAAUGUCUAUAAAUGGUUUGUGGGUCCAAUGGACAGAGACACUGCCAAUCGCAGACUUGGCAACAUGCCAAACGGGACAUUCUUAAUUCGAGUCAGCGAGAACCCAGGCAGGAGAGGGGAACUCUCUCUUAGUAUUCGGUAUGAUAACCAGGUUCGUCACAUCAGAGUGGAGAAGAAUGCAGAAGGCUUGUUUUAUUUAGCUGAUACUAAAUUCUUUUCUUCUCUACCUGAAUUAGUGGAGUUCUAUCAGGAUAACUCACUAGCAGAUAGUUUUCCCGGGGUGGAUACAGUUCUAAAAUUUCCUUUCAAAUCUCAGGCUGGAGGAGGGGCUAAUGCACGGAUUCUGGGCUACGCAGAAGCGGUGUACGAUUACGCGGCCACUGCUACGUCUCAGCUGUCCUUGUGUCGCGGAGACAAAGUGGCCAUCCUCAGUAAAACAGGAAGUGAUAAAGGCUGGUGGAAGGGAGAGCACUGCGUCACAGGAAAGAAUGGUUACUUCCCGUUAGCGUAUGUAAGAGAGCUGGAUGAUGACUGAUCCUUAGUGAAUGCUUAUAAUCAUAUGCAAGACCUCCACUCACCACUGCAUUGCCAGUUUUGUUAACCAUGUGACCAAGCAAUAUCGGCCAAUAGGAAACCUUUUCCAUCAUACAGCAAGUGCAAGUCAGAGAUGACAGGAAUUUUCUGUCCCACAGAAUUUCUCCGUUGUCCUGCCUCCCCCAUUGAGCUACCAGAGAAGAUUCCCUGAUUUGCUCUCCAUGAUUUUACAUAUAUAUAUGUACUUGCAUUAUAUUUUGUUGCGAAAGGUGCCAUUCUCAUUUGAUGGUAGAUUGACACAGAUUCCAUUGAUAAUGUGAUGUCUCCAUUAGGGAUGUUUCUUGUUCUCUGUGAUAUUUAUAGCAAUUAAUUAACACUGACUCAUCACCCUGACAGUAUUGUGGACAACAUGCAGCAUAAUACACCAUGUAUAACAGUAUAUUAUAUAUAAUAGCCCCACUCCUUCAGCCUGAGCUUUCUACUACUAGCAUUAUUUGCCUCCAGUGUUCCUUUAUCAGGAAACAAACUUCAAUGUUAUUCCAUAGAAAAUUGGAGACCUAUUUGGAAUUGGAAUCCUUUACCUGUACUUAAUAUUAAAAAAUACUUAAAAUUAUUUGAAAUAUAUUAUAACUGGAAAAGCAGACAAGGUAUUCAUAAUCUUAAAAUAAAUGAUGUUUUAUUUAUAACACAGAAAAGUGCAUAUAUAUAUAUUGCCAAACUUUCAUUCAGAAAACAGAGAAGAAAAUUCCCAUUAAAUCCCUUGAUAUUUAUGAUACACCUGUGUAUGAAGUUUUGAAUUAGUUAAACAAUGAAUAUAUAUCCCUCUGUUAUUUACACAAAUGCUAUGAUUAUUUUCUUUCCUUUUGAUUAGGUUUGUAAUUUUCAGUAUGACAUUUUAAUAUCCAGGCCAAAAUCAUGACAUAAAGACAACUCGCUGCAUCAUUAAGCUUGUUACAUUUACAUCCAUAUAUAUGUAAACUAUGUGACCAAUCUUCAACACCGAGUCCAGCAUUGACUCUCUCCACUUCACUGCAUUUAAUGAAAAAUGAACCUGUAUCUAUAAAGUGUAAUUUUCUGACAUAUUGCACAUCUUGCCUUUUUCAAUAGAAGAAAAAACAUUAAUAUAACUGACUUGAAGCACAUAUAACGCUAUGCAUUUAUAUUUCUUUACUUUUCAUUAUUGCUCACAGUGGAUGCUGUAUGAUAUACUAUAUAAACCUAGGAAUAAGUUUAAAUGACUCCCUCUCCUUUUAAACAGGCCCCAUCAUAGUAUGUGUAUAUUAAGUCAGACAGGUAUCAUUGUAGCUCAUUAUCGUGAUCAGCUGGGAUGAUUUGUUGAGAAGAUUGCUAUUUAUCUUGAACUCAGUUAAUAAAAAUUUAAAAACACUA